AACAUUCUAAACCCCUAAAACCCCAAGUGCCCACCCGGACGUCUCUCUUUCUCUUCAUGCUUCGUAUCUAGCAGCUGAGAAUGAAAGCUUUGAGAGCUCUGAGAACUCUCUCUUCGAAACCCAGAAAAACCCCAUUAAACCCAACCUUCUUUCACAGGUUCUACGCAGCUCAACCUCAAGAAGACGAUUCCAGCCACACCCCAUCCCUCUCGGACUCUGAAAAUGGUUCAGACUCAGUCUUUGACAGUACCCAUUACGACAUACCAACCAUUAGUUCAGAUUCUAAGCCGAAAAUCCCUCAGAAGCCCACUUGGAACACCAAAUACAGAUCAAAAGCUGAUGAAUUGAUUGCCCAAAAGAAAAAACCUGAUGAUUUGAUAUUUAAGAACAGCUCGCUCGCGAAGAAGCUUCUUGAAGCGGCGGUAUGUUUGCCAUCAGACGAUGAGGAUGAGGAGGAUGAGGAGGAAGUGGUCAAGGAGGAGGACCAGAAGGCGUUGUCGGUUGGGAUAAUAGGUGCCCCGAAUGCCGGAAAGUCUGCACUGACGAAUUAUAUGGUUGGGACUAAGGUUGCUGCUGUGUCACGGAAGACGAACACCACUACCCAUGAAGUAUUGGGAGUGAUGACAAAAGGAGACACACAAAUUUGUUUCUUUGAUACUCCAGGAAUUACAUUAAGUAACAGAGGAUGCCCUUACAAGGAUUUCAAGGUUCGUGUAGAAAGUGCUUGGAGCUCAGUUAAUUUAUAUGAUGUGCUCAUAGUUAUUUUCGACGUCCAUAGGCAUCUUACCAGACCUGAUGCAAGGGUUAUAGGAUUAAUCAAGCGUAUGGGAGCAGAAGCACACCCAAUACAAAAGAGAGUUUUAUGUAUGAAUAAGAUUGAUUUAGUUGAGAAGAAGAAAGAUUUAUUAACAGUUGCCGAGCAAUUCAAAGAUCUUCCUGGGUUUGAAAGGCAUUUCAUGAUUUCGGGUCUAAAGGGAUCUGGAGUGAAAGAUCUUAAUCAAUACUUGAUGGAUCAGGCUGUCAAAAGAUCUUGGGAGGAAGAUCCAUUCGUCAUGACUGAGGAAGUAAUGAAGAAUAUAUCAUUAGAAGUUGUCCGAGAAAGGCUGUUAGACCAUGUCCAUCAGGAAAUCCCAUACGGUAUUGAACAUCGGUUGAUGGACUGGAAGGAGUUGCGAGAUGGCUCUCUUCGGAUUGAACAGCAUCUUAUCACUCCCAAAUUAAGUCAACGCAAGAUUCUUGUAGGAAAGAAGGGCUGUAAAAUAGGGAGAAUUGGCAUGGAAGCUAAUGAGGAGCUAAGGUCCAUCUUCAAGAGGGAUGUCCACCUCAUUCUCCAGGUUAGACUUAAAUGACACAUUAGAAAGUUGAGUUGAAUGCCAAGAAGGGCACCUUUUCACGCCAUACUGUCUUGAAAACGAAGGUAGUGACGAGCUAUGAUCCAUCACAAGAUGGAAGUGCACCUUAUUUGUAAGGUUGGACUUGCAACAUGUUUAGUGAAUAGAGAGUUGAAUGUCAAAAAUUGCAACAUUUCACCCACACUAUUUUGAAAUGUACAUAAGGAAGCUUAUCAGGCCUAUCUGUACUCUAUUCUCCUCGACUCAUCAAAUUUAUGAAGGCCAUCCAUCUAGUGCUGAGCUUUCAAUGGCCGAAAUUUAUCAGCUUUAGUUUGGGGAUUGAAGCGGCUGACAAAUAAUUCGAAGACCCCAACUUGGCAUGCAAACACUAAUGUCCGGAAUCUUUGAGAAUAUACAGUGUCUUGAUAUGGAAUUCUUUUCUCUUUAUACUAAUCUUUUGUUUUUCCCCCUAAAGAUGUGUUAAUGUGUAGCAACAUAUGAACGCUUAAGCAGGGUUGUUUCAUUUGAUUUUUAUUUGAAUCUAUACGUCCUUUAGUAUACUGUUAAAAGGACCCAUAUCUCUGAUUGUUCAGAAGUCAUUUAUGAAUGUGACUUUGCUUGUGUCACUGUAAAUUCCA